AUGGGAAGCAUUCGUCAACCUCACUCAGAAACUUACCCAGACCAGAAUGGCUACUACGGCCAAUUCGGUGGUAACUUCUACCCGCCCGAAGCUCAUCAAGCACUCGAAGAAUUAGCCAACAAGUACCAAGAACUCCGCCACUCUCCCUCCUUCAAUCAAACCCUCAACAAAGUCCGCAUCGGUCUCCAAGGCCGCCCAACGCCAAUUCACCAUCUCGAGAACAUCUCCCGCGAAGUCGGCGGUGCUCAAAUCUUCGUCAAGCGUGAGGACUUAAACCACACAGGCGCACAUAAGAUCAACCACUGUGUCGGUUUCGCACUUCUUGCUAAAGCAAUGGGAAAGACUAAACUCAUCGCUGAGACUGGGGCAGGUCAACACGGUGUUGCGCUCGCAACUGCAGCAGCUUAUUUCGGUCUUGAGUGCGAGAUUCACAUGGGUGGUGUCGAUACCGAGAAGCAAAAGUCAAAUGUUGGUCGGAUGCAGAUUCUUGGAGCAAAAGUUGUCGCUGCUACUAAGGGGCAGUCUGCUUUGAAAGAGGCCAGUGACUCAGCGUUCAAUGCGUAUGUUGAACAACGAGAGCAUGCGCUAUAUGCAAUCGGUUCGGCGAUUGGGCCUCAUCCAUUCCCAUUGAUUGUGAGAGAUUUCCAGUCCGUGAUUGGUAAGGAAGCUCGAGAGCAGUUCCUCGUCAUGACUGAUGGUACAUUGCCUGAGCAUGUUGUUGCGUGCGUCGCUGGUGGAUCCAAUGCGAUGGGAAUGUACUCUGCUUUCAUUGAUGAUGCGGAAGUGAAAUUGCAUGCAGUGGAACCACUCGGACAAUCCGAGAAACUUGGUCAUCAUGCAGCAACGCUAUCCUACGGCAAACCAGGUACGUUGCAUGGCGCAAAGACGCUGGUUCUCCAACAAGACGGAGGCAAGCCUGCGCCUGUCUCAUCUGUAGCCUCAGGGCUCGUCUAUCCGGGGAUUGGACCGGAGAUGGCCAUGCUGCACAAUGCUGGGCGCAUAUCGGUCUCAACUGUCGGCAACGACGAGGUCAUCAGUACAUUCUUCCGCAUGGCCAAGAGUGAAGGCAUCAUCAUUGCUCUAGAGAGCGCGCAUGCGAUCGCAUUGGCCAUUCGCUUGGCAGCGCAACGACCUUCAUCAGAGCGGAUCCUGGUCAACCUAUCGGGACGAGGAGAUAAAGAUGUAGAUUAUGUUCUCGAGCAUCAUGGACCUGGCUGA